AUGUCCAGUUCAAGCACAUCGAGCAGCUCGAGCGAGUCAAGUAGCUCGUAUGCGUCGAGUAGCUCGUCAGCGUCCGAGUCUACGCCUUCUCCCUCCCGGCCGCGGGCAACAAAGGACGAGCUCCUAGUACCGGAUGAGGAUGAGGGUGAGAAUGAGGUUUACGCGCCCAGUCCGACCCUCCUCGCAGCGUACGAUACACUCAUGACCUCCCGUUUCCCCGGUAUCUCCCUUCCCUCUUCCAUCUCGACACCUGCUCCAGGUCCCGUGACAGUGCUCUCAGAUGACGAGGAGGAAGAUCCCAACCGACCCUUGACCAAAGCGGAGCGACAGAACGCGAAGAAGAAGCGACGGAAGGAACGGGAACGCGCGCUCAAGGCCGCCGCAGCUGCCGCCAAGGGCGAGACGCUCCCGACGCCGACUCAGAAGAACGCAGAAGAAGGACCAAUAUCGUUCCGCCUCUUCAGACCACUGGUAUCCAUCUCGCUCUCAACUGUCGAAAGCUACGAGCUCACGUCCAACCCUCGUGUCCGACCACUACCCCUGGAUGUGCAGGAUCGUAUACACCGCCUAGCAGCUGAGGCUGCGAUCGACGCACCCACUUUCCCAUCCCUCCCUACGCAGCUGGAAGAGUGGCGCGCCGAAAUGCCCACACCCCCGGUCUUCCUGGCGUACACGAACGAGGAGGAACAUAAGUGUGUUGCUGUGCCUGCUUGCCCUCCUCGCCUCGCCGACGCCAGCGAUAUCUCGCCAAUCUCAGCGUGUCCGCGCCGUCCAGAGGCAUCGUACUCGCGCCGCUCGGACGGUUGCUCGUACACAUGGAUAGUUGCUCGCGCCUAG